CGCAAGGUGCGCGCUGCUGCCGAGCUCGCCCGUCCCGGCGCGCCCUCCCCGCGGCCGCCCCGCGCACGGCAGAGCCCGGUGCGCGCCGCCGCCCCGCCCGCCGGGCCAUGGACUCGGACGCCAGCCUGGUCUCCAGCCGCCCGUCCUCCCCGGAGCCCGAUGACCUCUUCCUCACGGCCAGGAAUAAAGGCAGCGGCGGGGGCUUCACGGGCGGCACCGUGUCCAGCUCCACGCAGAGCGACUCCCCGCCGGAGCUGAGCGCGGAGCUGCGCAGCGCCAUGAGCGCUGCGGGCGUGGUGGUGGUGGACAAGCUGGGCUUCAAGUCCUCGUCGUCGUCCUCCUCCUCGUCCUCCUCUUCCUCCUCCAAGAAGGACAAGAAGCAGAUGACGGAGCCGGAGCUGCAGCAGCUGCGGCUGAAGAUCAACAGCCGGGAGCGCAAGCGGAUGCACGACCUGAACAUCGCCAUGGACGGGCUGCGGGAGGUGAUGCCCUACGCCCACGGCCCGUCGGUGCGCAAGCUCUCCAAGAUCGCCACGCUCCUGCUGGCGCGCAACUACAUCCUCAUGCUCACCAACUCCCUGGAGGAGAUGAAGCGCCUGGUCAGCGAGAUCUACGGCGGGCACCACGCCGGCUUCCACCCCGCCGCCUGCCCCGGCGGAAUGGGCGCCCACUCCGCCCCUCUGCCCGGCCACCCGGCCCACCCGGCCUCGCACCCCGUGCACCACCCCAUCCUGCCCCCCGCCGCCGUCUCCAGCGCCUCCCUGCCCGGCUCCGGGCUCUCGGCCGUCAGCUCCAUCCGGCCCCCGCACGGGCUCCUCAAGUCGCCCUCGGCCGCCGCCGCCGCCCCGCUGGGCAGCGGCUUCCAGCACUGGGGGGGGAUGCCGUGCCCCUGCAGCAUGUGCCAGGUGUCGGCCCCGCCGCACCACCACGUCUCCGGCAUGGGCACGGCCAGCCUGCCCAGAUUAGCCACCGACACCAAAUGAGCCCCUCGGCGGGGCCGCCCCGCCGCGCCCGCGCCGCCCCGGCACCCCCAGGACCUACAGACGCUCCCCCGGAGGCAGCGGGUCCCCCC